UUCGAAAUUUUGAGACAUCUUCUAAGAAAAAAGAAGAGAUGGCGGGAAACGAUUCGCAGAAGCAAUUCCUAACUCUGCUCCGCGAGUUCGCAUCUGAAAAAUCUCAAGGAGAGCGAAGAAUAGCAAAUCACAAGAAGAGAAAUCAAAAGCUGAAAUCGGAGCUUGAACUUGCAUAUGCGGAGGUCGAAGAGGCGAAGAAUCAGAAGGAGACUGCUGAGCAAGAGCUCAAAGGAUAUGAAGUAGAAUUGGCCAGGAAUGAGUCUGUCAUUCAAACCCUAGAGGAAGGGAUCCUUUGGAUUCAAGAUGAAUUAUCAGCCUAUGGAUCUAAUGUAGAGUCUCUCAAGAAUAAAGAUGCAGAAACUCGUGAUGAUUUCAUAGAGAAAAUGCUUGAGCUCAAUGCACAGAUAAGGAAAUUCCAUGAGUCAAUAGCCUGUAUAUUCCGAAAUGAUAAUUGCAGCGAGUUAGCAUCAAAGCCUGGUCCAGCUAAAGCCAAAGCAGAAGAUGCUGAAGCUUUCAAAAGAGACCUACACAAUAAGCUAGCUCAGAUAGUUUCUCAGAUCACUAAGGAAGAAGAGGAAUGCCAAGUUGAACAGAAUAUUCAUAGGCAGCUUGAAGAGGAGUUGAGUCUUUUGGAAAGAAAAGCAUCACUGAUAGAGGGACUCACAAAAGAAAAUAUGGAAAUGCAGGAGUUAGCCAGGCAGACUUCUGAAUUGGAAAACAAAUGUGCUUCCCUUGGUGAUGAGCUACAGAGGAGGUCGGUAUGUCCCAGAUGUCACAAGGACAAUGCAGCAGCAUUAAGUCAAAUUCUUCAAACAGGUGAUGAGAAUUAGCUUCUUGUUAGUAGUCACUGACAUUUAACUGAUGAUAGUCAAAAGCAGGACCCUGAGGUGCUUACACUUCUGCUCUCAUGUCUUCCAUUGGCUUUAUGUGCAAGCUUUGGUUUACUAUAAAUAGGGCUAGUUUGCAUAAUUGACACUCCUAGUUUUUCUACUCUCCCCCCCAUACUUCCUAAAGAACAAAUGUAAUGGAAGCUGUAAAACGAGACAUACUUUUACCUCAAGGAUAGUUGUAUUUCUGUUCUUUCAGCUAUCUAUGGUAUUGCUAAAGAAGAAAGUUAAAUA